AUGGAAAACUUUCAUUGUAUAGCAAUUCUCUUGCUACUCGUCCUUAGUGUUACAGAAUCCAAACCUGUAAAGCAAGAUUCACCAAAAGGCAGUCGACCUCGUAGCCUUUUAGAUCUUCUAGAGGAAUAUCUCAAUCAACGAAAGUUUGUUUCACCUGAUCAACCUCAGCCAAAUAAAUUUGAAGAAAAGGGUAGAAUUUGUGCAGAAGAUGAAAAUAACGCUGAGAGACAAACCAUUCAUAUUGAUGGCCUAGAUAAAAAGCCCGGAGACCUGUGCAUCAAUAAGAAACAAGAACAUGACGAUGAAUUAGAUAUCCCUCCACCAAAGCUGGACAUCAAAGAGCUUUCAGAUCGACAGAUCAGAAAUUUUGGAAUUUCUUCAACAACAUUAUGGGAAAACAAUGUUGUACCAUUCAUCAUCGAUGAAAAAAGUUUCGGUUCAGGGCUGAAUAAAGCCGUUAGUCUUAUACAGAGAACUGCCUAUAAUAUUUCACAAACAACAUGUGUGACAUGGAGAAUGAAAACUCCUACAGAUAAAUACUUCAUUAAAUUCAUCGGAAAUAUUGGAGGCUGCUGGUCAUAUCCUGGAAAUAGAAGAAUAGAAGGCACUGGACAAAUAUUAGCCCUGGAUGAUAGAUGUUUGGACGAAUACACCGUCUUACAUGAAAUGUACCAUGCCUUGGGUGGGAUACAUGAACAACAGAGGGAUCGAAGGAAAUACUUUGUGAAGAUCAAUUGGGAAAACAUCUAUACUCCCUACACUGACCAGUUUGCCCUCUUCCUACAUACUAACAACACAGAAAGCUAUGAUUACAGGUCCAUUCUGCAAUACCAUUUACAUACUGGAUCAGCAAAUUUCAAACCAACGAUGUCCAUAAUUGACGAAGACCUGGGAUAUCUGAUUACUAACAGCAAAUACACGUUGUCCUUUUACGACAUUGCUGAGAUCAAUCAAGCAUACAAUUGUCCAAAAGCAGACUGCACUUUAUUCUGUCAGAACCACGGAUUCAGAAUUCAGCCUGUAGACCAGCGGACAUGUUCUUGUCAUUGCCCUUCAGGGUUAAAGGGCACAACUUGCGAAGAGCUUGACACUGACGAAGACUGUGGUAAAACUGUAACCCUAAGGAAUGGAGAAUCCCAGGAAAUUAAAAUGUCAUCAUAUACUUCCGGGAAAAUGUGUACAUGGUUAAUAAAGGCUGAAUCAAAUUCUCUAAUCAAAGCCAUCAUCACAUUCAUUGAUCUUCCCUACAGCGCAAGGAAGGAGUGCUACCAUUGGCUGGAAAUCCGUGAUUACCUCAUCGGAGAUCCAGGAAAAGAGCUUUGUGGAAAUUCUACAACCCCUAAAACCUACACACAGAUGAACAUUGGAGAGUCUUCACCUUUCAUGAUUAGGUUCAACAGUAGGAGGAACCGCACUCCAGGAAAAGGUUUUACCAUCAGAGUACAUGCCUUCCAAUCAGGAUGUAUGAGCUCCCCUUGUAAGACUGGGUCCUCUUGUUCAGACAAUGGGGACGGAUCUUACACGUGUUCUUGUCACAAUGGCGUGUCAGGAACUAACUGUGAUGAAUUUGGAGCAUUGUCUCACAAUUUCUGUGAUUUUGAGGACGAUUUUGGGACGUGUGUAUUUGACCAGGAUACAUCUGGGACAUCAGACAUUCUUUGGAGCUUCAAUACGAGACUUUGUGGAAAGAAAGAUCAAUGUUUACAGGGUACUGGCUUCCAAUAUCUAACCAUGUCGCCAUCUCUAGACAAGGUUCCAUUUAACCUUGGAUCGAAGGCAAUCAUUACAACGACUGUAAGGUUUACAGCUUAUGACCGAUGUCUUUAUUUCGAUUAUGCUGCUCUCAAUCCUGAAGAUGGACAAUUUCCUACACAAUUGAACGUUUAUGUUGAGGGGAAAGACAUCCCGAGUACAAACGUGAAAAAUAUUAAAAUAAAUACAACUCAAGAAUGGCAGACUACAAGCGUAUCCAUUAAAUCCGUUCAGGACUUAAAGAUAAGCAUUGAGGGCAUAUUUGGAGACACAUUCCUCGCUAUGGACAACAUAUUUCUGCGACCUGGUCUAUGUUCUGGUACAGCAAUAAAGACUGCAUGUUCCAGCAAUCCUUGUCGAAAUGGAGGCAGAUGUGUGAAUUCUCCCUUUAGAUCAAAGCCUUACAGAUGUUUAUGUCAGCCAGGAUACCCCGGGUUAAACUGUGAAGGUCGCACAUGUCGAUUUGAGGUCGAUGAUGAUCCAGCUUGUUUUCUCAACACUAGGGAUUCCACUUCCUUCUGGUUUCGAAGAAAGGGACAAACACCUUCCAAAGGGACGGGUCCAUCUGCUGCCUUUGAGGGUCAGUUUUAUUUUUAUUUUGAGGCAACAAAUCGCACAGAGGGAGAUCGCUAUGGUUUUACUGACAAAGGAAUACUGUUUAAAAACAACACAUACUGCUUGCUGUUUUAUCUCAAUAUGAAUGGGCGUGAUAUGGGGAGAUUUUCAGUCUACACAACCAAAUAUAAUAUCAUCAGUGAACAGAUUGUCUCCAUAGGUAGAGAUCUAGGAAACGGAUGGUAUAUAAUUAGCGUGAAUAUUCAAUUGGAACCGGAAACUCAUAUUGUCAUUGAGGCAACAAGAGGGAGCUCCGAUCUGAGUGACAUUGCAAUAGACGACGUCACACUUAUGCCCCAUCCAUGUGUGUCUUAUUGAAAGAAUAAAAGAGAGCAUUGUUUGCUGUUUCGCAAAAGGGUAUCUUAACAUCCAGGAAACUAAGUUUUUAAAAACUUUUUGAUUUAUUUCCCCGCUUUGGAAGAUGUAUAUAAAUUAACGAUUAAUAUAACAGUUACUGUGUUUGUUAGUGUUUGCGUACGUUUCGAUGAAUUGAAAAUAAAAUAGAACAAAAAUAGA